CCCAGCAAGCCUGUCCGCGGCGUGCCCUCCAGACGGAGGAGCCCGAGCUGCGGAAGGAUGGAGGCGGCGGCCGACGGCUUCUCGGAGGAGCAGUUCCAGAAGGCCUGCACUGAGCUCCAGCAGCCAGCGCUGGCCGGGGCCCCCUGGGAGCUGCUGACGAAGACCUCGGACAUCAGCAUCCACCGGCUGCUGGACCAGAACACUGGCCUUUAUGAGUAUAAAGUCUUUGGUGUUCUGAGGGACUGCGCUCCAGCUGUACUUGCAGAUAUCUGUAUGGACUUAGGCUACAGAAAACAGUGGGACCCAUACGUUAAUGGUAGUCAUGGAAGGCUUCUUGGAGGAGGAGGUGUCCAAGCUUUGUUUUACUCUGUCCCUGGGCAACAAGCUUUCAGUGAACUCUAUGAAAAAGAAUGCAACGGGAAGACUGUGGUCUACUGGGAAGUGAAUUACCCUUUUCCCAUGUCCAACAGAGAUUAUACCUACAUCCGGCAGCGGCGGGAGCUGGACGUGGAAGGGCGGAAGGUCCAUGUGAUCCUGGCCCAGAGCACCUCGGUGCCUCAGCUUCCUGAGAGGUCAGGGGUGAUCCGGGUAACGCAGUACAAGCAAAGCCUGGCGAUCGAGAGUGACGGCAAGAAGGGGAGCAAAGUUUUCAUGUACUACUUUGAUAAUCCGGGUGGCCAAAUUCCGUCCUGGCUCAUUAACUGGGUCGCCAAGAAUGGAGUUCCUAACUUCUUGAAAAACAUGGAGAAAGCCUGUCAGAACUACUGCAAGAAAACCUAACAGAGUAUCGGGAAGCUUGCCUCCAUGGGGAAGAUGUCUCUGACAGUGACUCACCCUCCAGUGCUCAGCCUUCCUUCUGCACUUCCCU